ACAAAGUUAAAGUAUAAGUGAAACUAGAAUAAAUUAAAAUGAGUGCCAAGUGAAUACAAAAUAAUCAAUCAAGGAUCAAAUGUAAGUUUUAUGAAAUGAAAUUUUUACAAAAACCUGGGCUGACAUAAAAAUCUGUUGACGUUUGGAAUCAAAUAACAAAAAAUCGAAAUUAUUUCAAAAGAAAUGAUGAGGUCACUAAGAACGGUAUAAAAAGGAUAAUUUUCGAUAAAUCUUAUGAAAAUACAUGAAAGCAGAAAAAUUGGUUUAAAAAAGAGCAGAUUUGCCAAUCAGUUCUUAAGCAUAAAAUAAAUAGUUACAUGAUUCUUUAAUAUUUUUUAAUGGUUAAGAAGACAUUAAAAAAUAUAAGAAAAUAGAUACAGAUAUAUAAAUAUAAAAAAUAAAAGUUACGACAGAAAAUUAAAAAUCGGCACAUUUAUCUUGGAUUCAUUUUCCUGGAUAUAUCUCGGCAAUAGAUAUGCCUCAUAAUAAUAACAUUACAUAGAAAAGGAUGUAAGUUGGGGUUUGAUAUUCUUCAACAUCAGCUUUAUUUCGAAUAGUAAUAAAUUCAAAUCUUUUAAGUUGUCUGGAGCAAAACUUGCAAAGAAGGAAUUGAGGAUCGUGGAUACUUUUUAAUCCCUUUUUGGGAAAACAACCAGCAUUUUAUUUGAUUUUACCGAAUUUAGUUUUUAACAAGCGCAAAGUGUUAGACGGAGAAAAAGCUCCUUCUGUUUUAAGUAGUUUCAAUAAAGGAUGCCCUGCAUUAUUUCUCAUUCUCUCUUUCUUCUGUCUGUCGUGAGCAUCAUCUAAAGAAAGAUGAAGAAGAUUGAUUGCACAACAGAAAUGUAAUCGAAAUAUAGUGAGAUUCAAAUGCUUUUAAGAAAUGAAAGAUAAGAGAAAUACCUCUUUCUGCCUAAAAUAAAAAGAACCAAAUUAUUAUCACAAAAAGCAUACUGAACUUUUAACAUUAGAUAAUCACUAUAAGUAUAAUUAAUAUUCCAAUGUAUUAUCUCACACUUCUAUGUUUUCUUUAUGAAAUAUUAAAAACGGCAACGACAGUAUAGGACAAGAAAAGUAGUGCGGAGAAAUGGAAUAAUGAAAUUGAGCCAAAUAGCGCCCACUCCGCUACGAAAGCAGAAAUGUAAAAUAAAACUGCUACGGCCACAAUUACUGCGAUAACGACGUAGUGACAAUCGUUAAGAGUGGAAAUCACAAACCUGGGUAAGAUGGACUCAAGCAAAAAAUGCAAACGAAUUCGCAACGCUGCACCAUCAUUACCAUCACCAAUAACACUUGCCCACUCAAACCUAACCAUAACGCGCAACUGCGAUUAAGGUGCUGGAAAUCAUUCAACUGCACAGUAAAAUAAAUAUAUAAAAAUUCCAUUUGCUUUGUGGCGAACGUUGAAUACCUUUCUCCUCGAAAAUUGUAGAUCUUCAUUGUUAAUUGUGACACCUUUACUAGACUAUGGACUGUCGGCUUCCAUGUCACUGCUGUUGUCAAAUUUUUGAUUCAAACUUCAUGAGUGAAGAUUAUAUAUUUCUUCUAUGGGUUUCCAAUCUCAUUUUUUAUGAACUAAACAGCUAGAUAACCUAUUUUAGGGCAACGCAUUGUUUUUUGGAAUACAACGUGUUAUGUCAUAUUUCGUUGUCUAUGGCAGAAUAUGCUUUACAGCCAUUAUUAUUAUUAUUAUUUUAAUUUUAGACUAAUGAAUUGAAUUCUUAGACUAAAAAAAGAGACAUUGAGCACUAGCAACACAGGCUAUAGGCCCAUUAAGUUUAUGGGCCCGAUCAUCAAAUAAACUUAUAGAGAGGAAAAGUAGAAAAACAAUGUAUACGCCUAGAGUUCGCCCACUUUUAAUUUAAAUAAUCCUUAAUUUACGUCUUGAAUGUAAGUUUUCUAAGUUUAGCAUGGGUUUUUCACAGCGAAUUUAUCCUCAGUUGCCAGAAUCAGUUAUUUAAAUUUUCCUAAUUUUGUAUUUCGUUACAGAUUGUUGUUUGAUCUAUUUUUCUUUUCCUAUAUAAUUUAAAACUUUACCUCCAUCAUGCAUUUAAAAUUUGCAACAUUAUUUUCAUUAUUAAUUAUACUGUGCAUCGUGAUUGAAACUAAUAGUGCCACUGGAGAAUUAAGACAAAAUUCUAAGAAGAAUGUUGACGAUGAUAAAAAUGGGACCAGAGGCAGUGGAAAAUCUUUAAAGAAAACAAAAAAAACAACAAAUCGCAAAGGUUUAGAAGAACUGCCGCAAAAUGAAGAGCCUAAGCGAAGCAUUGGUGAACUGGCCGGCUUAGACGAUUUGGACAGUUAUGAUUAUAGUAACUAUGAUGAAGAUUCCGAUACUAAUGUUGAUGUUGAUUCAGAAGUUCAAGAAACUUCCGUCCCCCGCGCUCGAGCCGUGGAUAACAUCAUAAGGCCGUUUUCUUGCCAAUUUGAAGGUAAUUGGUAUCGCGAAAAUGAUGAAUUUACUGCCGAACGUGGUAGUUGCUUGCAUAACUGUGUUUGUGCUGAGGGUAAAGUGCUAUGCCGUCCUUCUGCAAGUUGUAGUCUUGGACGAAGGGAUUCUUUACAGUCCUCUGAGGAGAGGUCUACAAUGCUUCCUUUGACAACAUCAACUACUAUUGCGACUACUACUCAUCCCCUACCUCCACACAAUCCAUUUGAAGCACCUGCAAUUGGUCCUCAAGGUGAACCUGGUUAUCCCGGUUCUCAGGGACCGAUGGGAGAACCUGGAUUUCCUGGAUCGCCUGGAACUCCUGGCAUUCCCGGUUCUCCUGGUCGGCCUGGACCUACACCUGAUAUAAGCUUUUAUCACCAGCAAUUGGCAGCUGAAUAUGGUAAUUCUGAAAAAGGCCCUGGUAAUGAUCCUUUAUUUGGAGUAGCUCCUGUGCAAUAUGUGCAGACUUCAGCUGGUCACCCUGGUCCUCGAGGACCUCCAGGUGGUGUAGGUCCGUCAGGACCUCAAGGUUUUCAAGGUAUCCGUGGUGAACCCGGCGAGUCAGGUCUUCAAGGGCCCCCCGGGCCCAUGGGACCUAGGGGCUUACCCGGUUCUCCUGGUAAAGACGGAUUGCCCGGUGAAGAUGGCGAAGUUGGCGCUCCGGGUCUGGCUGGAACUCCGGGUCCCCGUGGUUUACCUGGCCUGCCUGGUCAACCUGGUCUAAAGGGACAUCGCGGCUUGCCGGGCCUAGAUGGUGCUAAGGGCGAGCAGGGAGCUCUUGGAGAGAAAGGGUCGACUGGUAGUAUGGGUCCUGUUGGUCUUCCUGGUCCUAUUGGCCCUGCAGGUCCCCGGGGUGAACGUGGUCGUGAAGGUGCCGCUGGACCUUCUGGUAUUCGCGGUUUAGAUGGUAACCCUGGUUCUCCUGGUCAGCCCGGUUCUGUAGGAAAGCCAGGCCCACCCGGUUUUCCUGGUAUACCUGGUGCUAAGGGUGACGCAGGCCCUUUAGGCUCUAAAGGUGAGCCAGGAAUUCAGGGUCCGCGUGGUGAAGCAGGCCGGCCGGGUGCUGCUGGUGAACCGGGCCUUUCCGGUCCAACAGGAAAAGAUGGUUUUUCAGGUGAAAAAGGUGCCACGGGGGCUAUGGGACUAAUGGGUCCUCAAGGCUUUCCUGGUGCUAGAGGGCCAGAUGGUUUAACUGGCAGCCCUGGUGAGCCUGGUAUAAAAGGUGUUCCUGGCCAACCAGGCGAAAAGGGUUAUAAAGGGGAUAUGGGCAUAAAGGGUGAGACCGGGCUGGCGGGCCCUCGCGGCUUACCUGGUACAGUAGGGCCUGAAGGCAAGCGUGGAAAACGUGGAAUACGCGGUCCUACAGGUCCCGGUGGUCCCCAUGGUGAACGUGGACCUCACGGUCUGCCCGGGUUGCCGGGUCCUGACGGACCAGUUGGCCCAAAAGGCAUUGCAGGCGACAGAGGUAUACAGGGUCCGAUUGGAGAUAAAGGUGGCCCAGGGGAUGCGGGACCUACCGGAAUUCCUGGAUUGCAAGGCUUGCGUGGUUUACCCGGUCGCAUUGGACCUGUGGGUCGGCAAGGGCCGCCUGGUGAACGUGGUAUACCUGGAGCGGACGGAAAACUUGGUGACCAAGGACAUCCGGGACUUCAGGGUUUACCAGGACCCAUGGGUUUACCAGGUGACAAAGGUUUUCCCGGAGACCCAGGAAAAACUGGCGAACCUGGUGUUGUUGGAAGUACUGGACCUCGCGGUGACAAUGGCAAAGAUGGGCUUCCUGGUACUCAAGGUGCGCCUGGUGUUCCUGGUCAAGACGGUGUUCGUGGUGAACCAGGGCCAAUCGGACCUAGAGGUUUCCAAGGUUUGCCCGGCGUUGCGGGAACUGCAGGCGCAUCGGGGAAAGACGGCAAUCAAGGGCCGCCUGGCCCGCAGGGUUUGACAGGAGCUGCUGGUAUCAGAGGCGAACGUGGAUUCCCUGGUGAACGAGGUUCAGUCGGACAACCUGGACCCACUGGCGAAAGAGGUGAACUAGGUUUGCCUGGCAAUGAUGGACCGCCGGGACCCACUGGAAAACCUGGUGAGAAAGGGCAUUCGGGUUCACCGGGAAUGAUGGGCUUGCCUGGUCUUAAAGGUGUGCAAGGAAUAAUGGGCGAAAAAGGCGAGCGUGGUAAUGUAGGACCAAUUGGACCAGAAGGUCCACUUGGUCGGCCUGGUGACCGCGGUCUUCAAGGAAAUAUUGGACCUCCUGGGCCUCCUGGUGAAACAGGAGAAAGAGGAGAUGCAGGGAAUCCGGGACAACCCGGUGAACAGGGAGCUACUGGAACCACUGGAGAGAGGGGUGCAUUAGGCCUCCCGGGUCCCAUAGGUUUCCCGGGAUCACCAGGAUUGACAGGAAUGCCUGGCCCAAAAGGCGAUCGUGGCCUCAUGGGUGUUAAAGGCGAACAAGGCAAUCCAGGCAUGCUAGGCCCACCCGGUGAACAAGGCUUACCGGGUCCUGUUGGACUGCUAGGACCGAAAGGUGCUAGGGGUGAAAUAGGCCAAAGAGGGGAAGUUGGGCUAAGUGGAUUGCCUGGCAGACCGGGCGAUGUGGGUUCUCCGGGUCAACCAGGAAGUCAAGGAUUACCAGGUAUUGCUGGUCUACCAGGAUUAAAAGGUAAUCCUGGAGAGCUCGGACGGUCAGGUUUGCCAGGGAGUCCGGGCUUGCAAGGGCCUCAAGGCUUGGAAGGUCAAAAAGGAGAAACAGGUAGUGAUGGUCCUCAAGGAGCCAUCGGGCAUCCUGGACUGCCAGGGCCAGCGGGAGAAAGAGGAAUUCCAGGCUUGCCAGGACAUCCAGGAUCGGCAGGUCCGCGGGGAAUGAGAGGACCACCAGGUGAAAUCGGUCAACAAGGCAAGCAAGGCAAAGAAGGAUCGCCAGGGUCGCAAGGGUUAGUCGGACAAACAGGUCCACCAGGACCAAUGGGAGAACAAGGCCCGGAAGGACCUUCUGGAAAGAUGGGGCCUCCAGGUAUGGCCGGUAGACUUGGGGACAAAGGGCCUCCAGGUCAACCCGGACCACAAGGUCAUGUGGGUAGUCCAGGUAUCCCAGGACCGCCGGGCCCUAUUGGCGCUGCUGGUCCCCAAGGAGAACGCGGCUCUAAAGGGGAAACCGGUUUACCAGGUAUGGAGGGAGCAAUUGGAUUAAGAGGGAAAUCUGGUCCCCCCGGUUCUGAAGGUUCUAAAGGAGAACCUGGAGAAGUUGGUCCCAAAGGAACGAAAGGACAUCGUGGUCUCAUAGGUCUACAAGGCAUUUCAGGCACGCCAGGAUUAAAGGGAGACGUAGGUCCUACAGGAGCUCCUGGCUUUCCUGGAAAACCUGGUGAGAUUGGAGAACGAGGUCCCCAAGGAAGGGAUGGUAACACAGGUCCGCCUGGACCACCUGGCCAACCAGGGGUAAGGGGUUUCCCCGGAAGUGAUGGUAAGCCCGGCGCUGUGGGAUUGAUAGGUCCGCCAGGGCCUCCGGGCCCACCGGGCGAGACAUUAGGUUAUGAUGUCGCAGCUUUAACAGCUUUGCUCAAUCAAGGUAGCCACAUUAAAGGAGUAGACAUUUUAGACGAUCAGCCUUUAAACCAAUUAACUGAAGGGUUAACAGAUGAAGAAAAACAUUCUUUAGUUAUGAAAGCUUUUGAACAUGUCAAAGCUUCAUUCGAGAGAAUACGGCGACCUAACGGUCAACAAAGCUCUCCAGCUAAAACCUGCAGGGAUUUAUUUGCUGCCUAUCCAGAAUAUCAGACAGGUGAAUAUUGGAUAGAUCCUAAUGAAGGUGAUCCAAGGGAUGCAAUACUGGUUCAUUGUGAACGUGAAAAAAAGGCUACUUGCAUAGUGCCACAACCAAGAGAAACCCAGGUACUAAAUUACAAUGGUGGAAACAAAGAGGUAUGGCUAGGAGAAAUCGCGGGGGGGAUGAAAGUUAACUAUAAAGCUGACGCCCAUCAAUUGGGAUUCCUGCAAUUAAUGUCUGCUAAGGCUUCGCAGCAAAUUAUUUUCCAUUGUAAGAAGACUGUAGCUUAUGGGGAUGAUAAAUAUAAUUCUUCCAGCAAUGGACUGAAGUUAUUGUCCUGGAAUGAUUCUGAGCUUUCGCCGCACGGACCACAACGUUUGCGUUAUGUUGCGGAAAUUGACGAUUGCAGUAAACCCUCCAACAAUUGGGCUAAAACAAUAAUAACUUACACAACUGAUAAGUCACAACGUCUGCCUAUAGUCGACUUAGCUAUUGGAGAUGUAGGAGAAAAUCUACAACAAUUUCGCAUUCAAUUUGGAUCGGCCUGUUUUUACUAGAAAUAAUGGUUUUUUAGCAUUAGUCGUUUUUCACUUUCUUGUUUCGAAAGUAAUUGACAAACUUUAACUUGAAAGAAUUUUAUACAUGCAUAAAUUUUCUCCUAAAUUGUACCUUCCCUUUUUUUUUAAAAAAAGGCAAUUUAUCUGCUAAGUACUUAUGAAUUUAAAGUAUAACUUAAGAAAAAACAUAAAAUGCUUGUAAGUUUCUACUUUUAAGACUAAAAAUGGUAUACAGAGUUAACGUAUCUUUAAAAUUGAUUUUGUACGUAGUAUUAAAAGCAAAAUUCUAUAUGUAGUUGCAUUGAGUUAAUUUAAAUUGUUAGUACAGAAUUUACACUUAACGAAGUAAAUGUUUUGACAAACGGCCAUGAAUUUCAAAGGAAUCUCAUUUGCAUCGUUUGUUGGAUUGUCUAUCAUUUUUUUUUUCUUAGUACGAUAAUAGUUGCCGAAGUAUAAUACUUGAUAAAAAAACAAAAAAAUUUUGGAAAAAUAUUUUUAUUUCACAACAUAAUUUGCUUUCAGCAGUAUUGGUGGCAAUAUUCAAUUGCUCCACAAAACUUUUAUAGCCAGAAUAGGCGAGCAUUUUAAUAUUGCGAUCACUCGUAGGUACCACAUUUCCGUUAUUAAUAAAUCUUCUACCAUUAAAGCGUUUUUUUAGCUUAACGAUCAAAGGGAAAUCAUUGGACGGAGUGAAAAAGGUCCGCGAGUAAAAAACUCUUUGCUGACUUGCUUAACGUGUUCGAUUUAGCUAAGUCUUGUAGGGUAUAAUUAUAUUUUGGAAAUAAUUCAUCUUUAUUUAAUGUACACACGUAUUUUAUGCAAUUUACCAUAUCAUAUGGGUUAUUGCUCAAAGUGCGUUAACUGUUUACUUUUCACAUAUGUAUGCUCUGACAAUGCAUUUCAUACGUAUGCACUGUAAUUGUUUGAAUAUAAUACUGCGCAGCAGAUUAUGAUAACAUACAAACCAUACAUAAAUAUAUGCCUAAAAUAUUGAAAGCUCGACCUUCAUAACUUCGACAAACUGGAUUGUUUUUUAUUCUUCCGGUUAUUAUAAUUUAAAAAAUUCUAAUAAUUAGUUUGAGCUAAGUCCGAUGGUAGAUCAGGACUCCAAUUAUACAUCUUUUAGUUAACCAACUCUGAUUUGGAAGACGUACCUCGAGAACUAUUUGGUUGAGAGCUAGGUAUGAUUUCCUCCAUUCGAAAU